ACCUCAUUGUCCGACCCUUCACUUCACUGUUAGUAAUAAACAAAGACAUCAGAAAGAUUUCCCCUUAAACAAGGCCCCCACAGGCCACAGCUCCAAAAGUACAAGAUCUUUUCCUCUUUUUGCUUCCAUUUUCUCAUUGUACACUCUCCCCAUGUUCACAACUAAACUUCACAAACUCUGCUACUCAACUGAAACAUACCUUCACCAUAUAAUCAAUACAUUCCUCUCCAAUAGAACCUCUGAACUUAAAACCCUUCUUAAAUCCCACGCUUUCAUAAUCACAACUGGGCACUCAAACAACGGUUACACAGCAGCAAAGCUUAUAUCUUUAUACGCCUCUAACAAACCCCACCUCAUUAAUUCAAGAAAAGUGUUUGAUUUAAUCAGUUUUAAAGACCCUUUUCUUUGGAAUUCAAUUAUCAAAGCUUAUUUCUCCAAUGGGUAUUAUUCAGAAGCUCUUGAUUUUUACUCCAAUAUGCGAGGUUUUAAUGCUCUGCCUAACCAGUUUACGAUUCCCAUUGUUGUUUCUGCUUGUGCGGAACUUGGGUUGAUUUAUUAUGGCAAAAAUAUUCAUGGGUUAGUCUCAAAAUUGAAUCUUUUUCACGGUAAUAAUGCUGCUGUUGGAUCAUCUUUGGUUUAUAUGUACUCGAAAUGCGGGUUUAUGGAGUAUGCUGCUGAUGUGUUUGAUGAAAUUAAUGUGAGAGAUGUGGUUUCUUGGACUGCAAUUGUAAAGGGGUAUGUGGAGAAUGGGGAGAGUGAGAAGGGGUUGGAGUAUCUUUGUUUGAUGCAUAAGAAUGGGGAAGGUGAGGUAAGGCCGAAUUUUCGGACGUUAGAGGGUGGAUUUCAAGCUUGUGGAAAUUUAGGUGCAUUGGUAGAAGGGAAAUGCUUGCAUGGGCUGACAGUUAAGUCUGGUUUUGUUAGUCAUCACGUUGUUCAGUGUUCUGUUCUGUCAAUGUACUCAAAAUGUGGGUCGGUUGAAGAAGCAUAUUGUUCGUUUUGUGAGGUUCAUGAGAAGGACUUGCUUUCCUGGACGUCGAUAAUUGCUGUUUAUGCAAAGUUUGAGUGUAUGGUCGAAUGCAUUGAUAUGUUCUUGAAAAUGCAGGCCAGUGGGAUAACCCCAGAUGGGAUGGUAAUUAGUUGUGUGCUUUCUGGUCUAGGUAAUUCCAUGAAGAUUUUUGAAGCUAAGGCUUUCCAUGGAUUCAUCUUGAGAAGAAACUAUGUUGACGAUCACAUGGUCUGUAAUGCAUUAUUGGCCAUGUAUUGUAAGCUUAGACUCGUGAACUUGGCGGAAAAGUUAUUUGAUGGAGGAAAUGGACAAACUACAGAGGCUUGGAACAUAAUGGUGAUUGGCUAUCUCAAAGCUGGGUUAGAAGGCAAGUGCAUUAAUUUAUUCAGAGAAAUGCAACACUUGGGAAUUGAAUGUGAUGUCAACAGCUUGAUAUCUGUAAUUUCUUCUUGCUCCGGGUUGGAAGGAUUCCAUUUAGGUCUUUCCCUGCAUUGCCGUGUUGUUAAGAGUCUGAUGCUUGAAAAUGUUUCUGUUGCCAAUUCUCUAAUAAAUAUGUAUGGAAGAAGCAAGAACCUGAGUUUAUCGUGGAGACUCUUUUGUAUGAUGAUUAAUAAGGAUGUUGUCACGUGGAACACAAUGAUAACUUCCUAUAUUAGUUGUGGAAAAAUUACAGAGGCCUUCGGCCUUUUUGAUAAAAUGAUUGCAGAAAGCUACAAGCCUACUAUUGCAACACUGCUGAUUCUGCUCUCUGCUUGUUCUCAAGUUUCCUCCCUGGAGAAAGGAGAGAGAGUUUACGAAUACAUCAAGGAAGUUGGGUUUGAAAAGAAUACUUUGCUUGCUACUGCUUUGACUGAUAUGUACGCGAAAUGUGGACAGCUAACAAAGUCCAGAGAAAUAUUUGAUUCAGUGGAUAAGAAAGAUGUCGUCUCUUGGAACGUACUGAUCUCAGGCUAUGCUAUGUAUGGAGAAGCAACAUCUGCUAUAGAAAUUUUCAAACAGAUGGAACAGUCGAAAAAUAAGCCAAAUGAACUGACUUUUCUUGCUGUUCUCUCAGCCUGCGCUCAUGCUGGAUUGGCUGAAGAAGGAAAGUCCAUAUUUAGCAGAAUGAAAGAUUAUUCUUUGAUGCCUACACUGAAGCACUACGCUUGUAUGGCUGAUCUUUUAGGUCGUUCUGGUAAUUUGGAUGAUGCUGAAGCUUUGGUUUUGUCCAUGCCAAUUGCUCCUGAUUCAGCUAUCUGGGGUUCUUUACUAAGUUCUUGUAAAAUUCACAGUCAGGUUGAGAAGGGUAUAAGAAUUGCAAAACAUGCUAUUGACUCUGACCCGGAAAAUGAUGGAUACUAUGUAGCAAUUUCUGACCUAUAUAGUUCUGUAGGAAUGUGGGAAGAGGUUGAAAUGGUGAGGAAAAUAAUGAAGGAACGAAAAGUGAGGAAAGAAGUUGGCUGGAGUACAGUAUAAAUUUCACAGCUAUUUGUUGGGAGUCUUUAGCAACUCAAGUCAUGGUAGCAUCAAUGUAUUGAAGAUAUACUUGCAAGAGUUGUUCGAUAAACACCAUGUUUUCUGCACUGUAUAGUUUGCUUUCACGUGGUGGAAAACAAUGGCUAAUUGGUGGUAGCGUUGAGAUGGUUUUCAGUUGAUGUCUGUUGAAGAAAGGAUAGAAAACAAUCUAAGACUUGAUUUCAACAAAUGAAGUUAAUCGGAGAAUUGAUCGACUCUUCAUCACUGCCGAUUGACAAAGGGAAACAUAAAAGAGAAAGAUAUUGGUUUAGGACUCAAAGUACAAAAGCAUUCCUUGAGAUAUCCGAAGUAGUAUUUUGUUUCCAAAUAUAAUGGGAGUAUGAAAUGACAACUCUAUCCUUGAAGGAGAUUAUGUCAGAUUACUUAGCUGUAUUUUUUAUUUCCUUGUAUAUAUUUUUUUUAUUCACAUUAGGACAAAUUGUACAUGGACAGGUAUGAGAGUAGUGCAUAGAAUAAAUGGAACAAAUUAGCUACACUGCACACAAUAUUUCGAUUGAAGACAAUACACACCAAUUCAUAUAGGGUUCAAAAUUGUGUCUUUUACAAUGUCCAGGUAGCGAGCCCCCUAUAUUUCAGUGGGCUGAGCGAGAAGGAUGCAUCCAUUGAUCAUGCCUCUUGUUCUUUGGCUGAUGAUAGUAAUCUGAUUUUGGGCUUGUAGGAUGAACAAGUUGCAGUUUCUUUUAUCCUUUGAAGUUCACCCCUUUGACAAUGUGUCUAUGUACGAGAAAGGAGAAACUUUUAUGUUCUCUGUGCUCAUUUUGGUACAUCGGAGCAGCAACAAAUGAAAUAUGGCUGUAGACUUGAUGAAUAUCUACAGCUACUGCAUUCCUGGACCGGCGGCCCUAGAUUUGGAACUUGAGUGCAUCGCUGAAGUUUCGGAGCUUGGAUAUAGAUUGCAACAACAACCCAGUAAAAUCCCACUAAUGGGGUAUGGGGAGGGUAGUGUGUACGCACACCUUACCCCUACCCCAAAGGAGUAGAGAGGCUAUUUCCGAAAGACCCUCGGACAAAAGGAGACAAUAUUAGUAUCACCACAACAAAGCUUGGAUAUAAAUUAGGAGGAUCCAAAACAUUUGGCCAUUGAGGCUACCAAGUCAAUUCUUUCCAUGGAUUAUGAAAAUGUGAAUCUCUUUGAGGGCACAACCUUGAGGUAGCCAAGAAAAGUCUCUAAAGGGCAGCCCGGUGCACUAAACUCUCGUUAUGCGCGAGAUUUGAGAAAGGGACGGACCACAAGGGUCUAUUGUACGCAGUCUAACCUGCAUUUCUGCAAGAGCCAAGAAAGGUCUCUAACAUGAGAAAUUAUCUACUAAAUUUUAUGUGAUGGCGUCGCUGGUGUAAGACCCACCAUGAAUUCCAUAUGAGGGCGGAGCUUGCAUACGAUAAGGUGGUGUGAGGAGACAAAGAACACCAAGUUAUUUCUCUCCAUCAGCCAAGCAUUGGCAGACAAAGCUAGCUAAUAGUUCUGCUGUUGAGAGGUAGCAAAUUACUUGAUAAAAUAGUAGGCGUGCGAAAGUUAGUCUAAACUGCACCAUAAUUUCUCAGGUGUUAGGAUUAGAAUGUACUAUUAAACAGUAGCCUCACUCAAUCAUCCUCCAAACAAGUGACUUGCAGUUAUGAAAAUUGUGUACUUCCCAUAUUUGUUUUGUCUUGAUGGAACAAUGAUGAUGACAUAUAUCUGUUUAACACUUCAAACUUUUAAAUUACCAAACAUUGCACAUACGAGUUUUAAGGCUUUAUUUUUACUCUUAUAGGCAAGUUCAGUAGUAAGGGGUAAAAACUAAGUCUAAAGUACCAAAAAUAUAACAUUUGUUUAGACCUUAAAAGUAUAAAUUUGAAUAGAAGAAAAUGAUCCUAAAAGAUCUCAUUUAUUCUUUUUACUUAUUGGACAACAAAACAAAAUCUCCCGACCUUCUUCAGAACUUAAGUAUUGACAAAUGACACAAGGUAGCUACUUUUAAGCAUACUAUUUAAAAUAUAUUAAUAGUUUAUAAUAUAUUUAAAAAUUAGUCAAUUCCCUCCUACUUCAAGAGACUUAAACAUUGGUAGCUCAAAAAUUCAAGGUACUUAGUAUUGCAGUUUGGAUAAGAUACUAAUCUUUAAAUACAUUUGUAAAUUGUGAUAUGGGGCUUAAAAGUGGCUACUAGUGCACUUCUCUCCAACCAUUUCAUUAACUUGGGUAAACAUAAAUACAAACACAAAAAAUUAACACACUGCCAAAAAUUCAUUACCAAAUAUUAAGUAUCAAAAGAAAUCAAAUAAG